GUCUUGCACAGGUGUAGUGGCUCCUCCCCUUCAGUCUUGCACAGGUGUAGCGGCUCCUCCCCUUCAGUCUUGCACAGGUGUAGCGGCUCCUCCCCUUCAGUCUUGCACAGGUGUUCCGGCUCCUCCCCUUCAGUCUUGCACAGGUGUAGCGGCUCCUCCCCUUCAGUCUUGCACAGGUGUAGCGGCUCCUCCCCUUCAGUCUUGCACAAGUGUAGCGGCUCCGCCCCUUCAGUCUUGCACAGGUGUACCGGCUCCUCCCUUCCCUUAUACAGGUGUAGUGGCUCCUCCCCUUCAGCCUUGCACAGGUGUACGGCUCCUCCCCUUCAGUCUUCCACAGGUGUAGCGGCUCCUCCCCUUCAGUCUUGCAGAGGUGUAGCGGCUCCUCCUCUGCAGUCUUGUACUAGCAGCUCCUCCCCUUCAGUCUUACACAGGUGUAGCGGCUCCUCCCCUUCAGUCUUGCAGAGGUGUAGCGUCUCCUCCCCUUCAGUCUUGCACAGGUGUAGUGGCUCCUCCCCUUCAGUCUUGCACAGGUGUAGCGGCUCC